UUUAAUUGUAAGUACUGACUUUUUCUCUGCAAUUAAUAACACCAAAGUAUUAUAAAGUUUUUAAUUUUUAAAAUUUAAAAAGUUAAAAUUCUUUAUAUCGUCAUAAGUUUUAGUAUGAAUAAUCAAAGACCUCCACGAUUGAAACAGCUGUCUGGAGCUGCUGGGAGAAAAAGAUCGAUGAUUCGGAAAAAAAACGAAAGCAAAAACAAACGAACGCUUUUAGAUUGCGUUCGUUGGACAAAAAUCGAAGAUAAAUGCAAGCAGUUCAAUGAUAUUGAGAUCGGUAUCAAUGACUCUAAUGAGUUGCCAGACCAUAAUUCCGACAAACUUUUUCUUGCCGAUGACAUCGAUGACUCCCAAAAAACAUCAUCACAUUUAAAAAAGGAUCAGUUGGAUUUUGUACUUGAUUGUCACAAUGACCAACAAAUUUAUAAAAGUGAUCUUUCUAUACAAAUCUCUAACGAUCCUGCACUAUGGAAAUCAAUAUCAGACACUGAUCAAACGAAUAUAAUUCUGAUGGGGCCUUCUUCAAAUCCUAGCAAUUUUCCAAGAGAUCAAAAAGAACGCAAAUUCCCUACUUAUAUCUUUUUAGAGGAACAAAGAAACGGAGAAAAAGUUAAGAGAGAUUGGCUUGUUUGGAGUAAGGCUGUGGCACCACUCUUUUGUUUCCCUUGCUCCCUUUUUGGAUCGCCUAACUUAACAAGACCCGGUGUUCAAUCCAGUUUGUUGUCUUGGAAUGGAGAUAUACAUGGAAAUUGGAGAAAACUUUCAGAUCGCGUUAAAAGUCAUCAACAAAGCGAUUUUCACCGUAACUGUUAUCUCCAAUGGAAAACAGCUACGAUUCACUUGAAAAGUCAAAAGUCCAUUGAGCAUCAGUUAGAAAAACAAAUUGGAGAUGAAACAAAGCGAUGAAAAGUAAUUUUACAAUGCAUUCUUGACGUCACAAUUUUUCUAGCUUCAAGAAACUUAGCUUUUAGGGGAUCCAAUCAAAAGUUGUUCAAAAAUGGGAAUGGAAACUUCCUUGGAGCGCUCGAAUUAAUUGCUCGCCACAACAAAACAUUACAAGAUCAUAUGCAUCUUAUUGCUAAGCACCAAGAAAAAGAAAAACGCAUGCAAGCUCAUUAUUUAUCUUGGAAAUCACAAAAUGAAUUUAUCAAGGAAAGCGGCAAAUUAGUGGUUCGAGAAGUUAUUCGAGAAAUCAAAAAAUCAAUAUAUUUCACCAUCAUUACGGACAGCACUCCCGAUUCGUCCCACAGCGAGCAAAUAACUUUUGUUUUUCGUUUUUUGCAUUUCAAUGAUAAUUAGCUGUGGGAGGUCAAAGAAAGAUUCCUUAAGCUAGAAGAACUUGAAAAGAAGAAGGAAUCUGAUAUAACAAAGCUGAUAUUGAAUGUGUUGGAAGAGAAUGAACUCGACAUAAAAAAUUGUCGUGGUCAAGGCUACGACAACGGCGCUAAUAUGGCAGGUAUUUACAAUGGAGUUCAAGCUUUGAUAAACAGAAUAAUCCACAAGCAAUUUUCAUUCCUUGCUCUGCUCACAGUUUGAACCUAUGUGCAGUACACGCUAUUGAAUCAUUGGCUCCUGCAAAAUCCUAUUUUGGAAAUAUUCAAAAGCUAUACAAUCUGUUCAGAUGCAGCCCAGUUUGUUGGAAAGUUCUUCAGGAGGAGACAGGCCAAUCAUUACAUAAACUUUCUGUUACACGAUGGAGUUCAAGGAUUGAAUCAGUUAAGCCACUAGCAAAAAAGCCAAGAGAGAUUUUGAAAUCAUUACAUCGUCUAAAAGAGUUAGACCUUCCAGGCGAAAGUAGUAAUGAAGUGCAUUAUCUCAUUAAAUGGAUGAAUUCUUUUGAAUUUGUUGUUUUCACUACUUUUUGGUUUAAAUGUUUGAUGGCAGUUAAUAACGUGAGUCUUCUGCUUCAAUCCACUCAACUCACUCUCGAUGAUGAAGUAAAGAUUCUAAAUGGCCUUUUGAUGGAUCUGGAUCGAAUCCGUCUGUCUUGGGACCUGAUUUUGAUAGAGGCAACAGAAGUUACAAAGAACUUGAAAUUUGAUAAAAUAAUGUUUACUGUGAAGAGAACGCGAAAAAAGAUCGUCUCAGAUGAAACUGCUGGUUACAACCACGAAGAAGCAUCAAAAAACUUUGAGUGUAAUGUCUUCAAUGUUGCACUCGACAAUCUGACUAGUCAAAUGAGAUCAAGAUUUAAAGUAAUAGAAAAGGAAUGUAGCAAGUUUUCCUUCCUUUGGUCUUUACAGAAAUCUCAAACAGACCAAGAACUAGGUUUAAAAGCUGAGAAUCUGGCUAAACUUUACCCAGAAGACUUAUGUAAAAACGAAUUUUCUGAUGAAGUUCGGCAUUUUUUUUCCGUAAGAAGAAAUAUUCUAGCCAGCGAAAAGCCUGUCGAACUUCUAAAUGAAGUUUAUGCAAAAGGGCUGCAUUCAAUAUUUCCGCAAGUGUGUAUUUCUCUUAGAAUCUUUCUAACAUUGCCCGUUUCAACAUCUGAAGGAGAAAGAUCUUUCAGCAAGUUAGCUAUCAUCAAAGAUUAUCUUCGUUCCACAAUGGGCCAGGAGCGAUUGUGCUACUUGAUGAUCCUUUCAAUCAAAUCAGAUUUAGCCAUAAACGUUAAUUAUGAAGAAGUUAUUUCAAAUUUUGCUGCUAAGAAGGCCCGGAAGAUGUGUUUGUCAAUUAAGAAUUGUUUUUAUCAUAGUUUGU